AUGCAUGCAGGAGGGUCGAGAAGACUGGGGAUUGCUGCGAAAACUCACCCCAAAGCCCUCUGCAGGUAUGAGGGGCUGGUGCUCAAAAGCGCUGCGAUUGGCCCCUUCGAUUUCGAAGUGUGGCUGUAUAGCGAUGGACGAAUCCUCUACUUGUUGGAGGAGUUCCCCACCACCAACCUCACUGCCCUGGAAGGCAUUCAGGUCGGCGCACAGCCAGCGACUGGCGCGAAAGCCUUGAGCAUCGGCUCCUCUUUGCCCUGGUCCUCGGGGGCUCCGCUGGCAGUUUCUUUGACUCCCUGGUUCAUGCUUCGCGAGAACGGCAACACUGUGAUUGCCCCGAACCAAUCCGUCACUAUCAGCUUCGCUUUUGAACGCCAGGCCGAUCUCGCUGGCUGGCUGCACUUCUAUGCAGAGAAAAGUAUUGGGAUUUGGCACCCGCGUCGCAAUGUCCGCUUCACACAACGCCUGUUUCGCCAUAUGUGGAUUCUCAGCACGUGGGACGGUGGCUUGCACUCGGGUUCCUGUGCCGGCGGCUUCGUUAGGCGCCGGAACAGAACCUGCAUGGGUAGCGACGGCCUAGAGUACAACGACAGCUACUGUGUCGGCACUUGCAUGGACCUAGAUCCUGUGCACAACUGGGACUAUCCGACACGGCAUGCCUGGUCGGAUGGCUACAACAACCGAUGCGAAGAUUACCAUGCUUUGGCUUUCUGCACUCCGACAGGAUAUGGCACCAGAUGGGAGUCCUGGUGGGGCAAGUUCGUGGAUUGGACCACGCAAGGGCUGGACGCUGGAGAGGCAUGCUGUUUGUGUGGAGGAGGUACUUAUGCGCCAGAGCUGCCCCCAACGGAAGAGAAGUGUCCUUCAGUCAACUGCCCAGCAAACUCGAACGGCACCAGUGUUCUACAUGGCUGCAUUUGCAAUGCAGGUUAUGCGGGGGCGAUCAAUGCCUCAGCAGACUACCCUUACUUCACCGGCACUUGUGCAACAGUUGCUUGCCCCAAGUAUUCGUCAGGUGCGCAUGUUGCAGCUGGCUGCACGUGUGAUUACGGCUACAUCGGAAUCAUUGUCGCCACCAGUGCUGACCCCUUUUAUGAGGGUGUUUGUGUGGCAACGACCACUACGAGCAGCACCUCCAGGACAGAUACCACUUCUACGGCUACCUUUACCUCCAGCACGGGCACUUCCACAACAAGCAGAUCUACCACUGCCACCUCCCGUACGGUCACCACCAGCACAGCCACCGCAACGAGAACCACCAGCGCCACUCAGACCAGCACAACCUCCACCACUUCAAUUUCACAGACGAGGACCCGGACGACCGCUACACUUUCAACCACUACGAGCACCUUCACUGGUAGUUCAUCGAGAACUGCAACUUCGACUACUUCAACUUCCCAAACAAACACCAUCACCACGGUCACCCUGUCGACCACUGCGAGCAGAACCAGCAGCACCAGCAGCUCCAGUAGCACUUCAACCUGGACCAACUCGACCACCACCACCACCGCCACUCGAACGACGACCCUGUUCUCCAGGACGCCUAAACCCCUAAACCCUAACACCCUAACACCCUUAACCCCUAACCCCACCUAA